GGGUGACAACCGACGGUAUAUUUCAAUAUUAACGCUGAAAAAUCUGUUGGCCACACUGACCGGAUUCUGAAAAGGAAUAUCUUAUAUAUUUUUGUGUAGCGUGAAUAUAUUUCGAAUAAAACGAUCACAAUGACUGCCUGGAGAGCUGCCGGAAUUACCUACAUCCAAUACUCCAACAUCGCCGCUCGCAUUUUGCGCGAGUCCUUGAAGACGGGACUGCGUGCUGAUGCCGCCAAGCGCGACGCGAGUCAUGUGAAGUUCACUCCCUGGGCAAAUGGCAAGCCAGCUCAUGAAAGGGCUUAAGUGUUCUGCCGUCAAUUAAAUAAUUUAAAAACUGGCAGCGUCAAACCCAGUCGGAAUCCUAGAUGCUUUUCAGUGGCCCCUCGAGAAUGAUUUGCAACAAUUAAGAUCCGCCAAAGCUGCAAUGUUGUGAAAUCUUCAAAAAUAAAUAAAAUUAAAUAAAUGUAAUUUAUUUAAA